UGUCCACCCCAGUGCCGCCGUACACCAUUGUCUACUUCCCAGUUCGAGGGCGUUGUGAGGCCAUGCGCAUGCUGCUGGCUGACCAGGGCCAGAACUGGAAGGAGGAGGUGGUUACCAUAGAUACCUGGAUGCAAGGCUUGCUCAAGCCCACUUGUCUGUAUGGGCAGCUCCCCAAGUUUGAGGAUGGAGACCUCACCCUUUACCAAUCUAAUGCCAUCUUGAGGCACCUGGGCCGCUCUUUUGGGCUUUAUGGGAAAGACCAGAAGGAGGCUGCCCAGGUGGAUAUGGUGAAUGAUGGGGUGGAGGACCUUCGCUGCAAAUAUGUUACCCUCAUCUAUACCAACUAUGAGAACGGUAAGGAUGACUAUGUGAAGGCCCUGCCUGGGCAUCUGAAGCCUUUUGAGACCCUGCUGUCCCAGAACAAGGGAGGCAAAGCUUUCAUCGUGGGUGACCAGAUCUCCUUUGCCGAUUACAACUUGCUGGACCUGCUGCUGAUCCACCGCAUCCUGGCCCCUGGCUGCCUGGACAACUUCCCCCUGCUCUCUGCCUAUGUGGACCGCCUCAGUGCCCGGCCCAAGGUCAAGGCCUUUCUGUCCUCCCCGGACCAUGUGAACCGCCCCAUCAAUGGCAAUGGCAAGCAGUAGUGCACUAAAGAGACAAGAGCUUCUUGCCUCCUUUAUCCCAGGACUAAUAAAGUUUGUAAGACAGA